AUGUCCAUUGCUGUUGCUGUACGCUAUGGAAGGAUUACUCUGGGUCAUGUUCGAAGUCUGUCAUAUGCCAGCGUUCACCAUACAAAGUUCCUGGAGCUGGUUCAAGGCCUAGUAUCACCAAGCCCUCCUGCAGUGGCAGUAGUGUUUCCCAGAUGUAUGUCAACUAGCAGCAGUGGGUCCAGUAAUAGUGGAGAUAAUGUCUCGGAUGGGGGAGACAAGGCAAGCAGUGCCAGUGCUGGCGGCAGUGGCAAAGGAGAUGAUAAGGGUAGAGGCGGCAAGAAAGGAUCUAAUCAGCUGCGCUGCCCUAAGUGUGGAGACCCAUGCACACAUGUGGAGACUUUUGUUUCAUCAACUCGCUUUGUGAAGUGUGAGAAGUGCCAUCACUUUUUUGUGGUACUGUCUGAGACAGACUCCAAAAAAAGUUUCCGGGAAAUUCGAGAAGAAAAGGUCACCCAGAAAAAGAGAGCCCCACCACCUCCAAGAAAGAUUUAUGAAUUUUUAGACCGAUAUGUGGUUGGCCAAGAUCAUGCAAAGAAGGUCCUGUCCGUGGCUGUGUACAACCACUACAAGAGAAUCUUUCAUAACCUACCGGCAUUAGCCAGCAGUCAAAAACAACCAGACACGUCCACUUCCCAGACUGGACAGCAUUAUCCUCACACAUUCUCUCCCCGGGAUAUGCUGCAGAUUGCUGUUACAGGACCCCUGGGUCCUAAUCUUGGUGGUCAGCAGUCGCAGACAAACAGCCCUGGAGAGGAAGCCAAGAAAUCUGACAUUCUAGAAAGUCAUUCUCAGGAGCUGCAGCUGGAGAAAAGUAACAUUUUAAUGCUGGGACCAACAGGAUCAGGCAAGACACUGCUUGCACAGACAUUGGCCAAAUGCCUAGAUGUUCCUUUUGCUAUCUGUGACUGCACAACACUCACACAGGCUGGCUAUGUGGGAGAAGAUAUAGAGAGUGUUAUAGCCAAGCUUCUGCAAGAUGCUAAUUAUAACAUAGAAAAAGCUCAACAAGGCAUUGUGUUCUUAGAUGAAGUUGACAAAAUUGGCUCUGUCCCGGGUAUUCACCAACUUCGGGAUGUAGGAGGGGAAGGUGUUCAACAAGGUAUGCUUAAAAUGCUGGAAGGUACCAUUGUGAAUGUGCCUGAAAGGAACUCUCGUAAACUGAGAGGUGAAACGGUACAAGUUGACACAACUAACAUCCUGUUUGUGGCAUCUGGAGCAUUUAAUGGGCUGGACCGAAUCAUCAUGCGUCGUAAGAAUGAGAAGUAUCUUGGAUUUGGAAUUCAGAAAUCAGCUAGCGAGGGUCGGCGUGCAGCUGCAGAAGCUGAUGUUAAAAGCCAGUCAGAAAGUUCCAAUGCAGCACAGGAUAAUGAAGAAAAAGAUGCUCUUUUGAGGCAGGUUGAAGCCAGAGAUAUGAUUGAAUUUGGAAUGAUACCUGAGUUUGUUGGUCGCCUGCCUGUGGUGGUUCCAUUUCAUAGUCUGUCUGAAGAUAUGCUUGUGAGAAUUUUGGUGGAGCCUCGCAAUGCCCUUAUACCACAGUACCAGACACUGUUUGCAAUGGACAAGGCUAAUCUGAUUGUAAAUGAUGAUGCUAGAAGAGCAAUUGCCAGGCUUGCUUUAGAGAGAAAAACUGGAGCUCGAGGUCUUCGAGCCAUCAUGGAAACCAUACUGCUAGAUUCUAUGUUUGAAGUACCUGGAUCUGACAUUUCCACCGUGCUUAUCAAUGAGAAGGUUGUUAAAGGAGAUGAACCUCCAGCUUACAUCCGGACAGCUAAAGUUUCCAAGUCUGAGACCUCUCGGGACACCAGCUGUGAGGAUGAGGAGGACAUGAAGAUCAGGCAGUCGUGA